AUGGACGCCUUUGACUUCCUCGAGACGCUGCCGACGGCUACGCUCGAGCGUCUAUUUGAAGAUCCAUGGGCGUGCCAAGCCAUUUUCCAAGCACUCCCUCCACUCGCACAGCAGUUUGUCAUGCGUCUACUGCCCACGAACGCUGUCGUUCCGCGCAAAUUACUGGAACAAUGGGUCGUCCACGAACCUGGAGACGUCGACCGUCUGCCGCCACAAUUCCAAGAAGCCAUACGUAAACUGGAAGGACUUCGAGUGUUUAUCCAGCAGGAAGGAGGUGGAUAUCGACCACAUCCGACGUUCCAGAAGCAGCUCAUGUACGCGCUAAGUAACUUGGGUGGAUCUCCGUGGGAACGUGGCCGACAAUAUCUGUCGAAAGAUCCGGAUAACACGUUCGCCCCAGCCGAUUUGGAACGAUAUGCUCGAGCGAGGUGGGACUCGGUGCUGCAUUAUAUGGUGGGCUCGACUGCAGUGCAAGAGCCACCGCAGUCAGUUGUGGACAUCUUGCUGCGUACUCGCCUCUUGCAAGCUAGUGGCGCGGACUCGCGAGCACUCCAUAUUACCGACACGGGGUAUGAGUUUAUGCUCAAGGACAUUCACGUACAAAUGUGGAUCUUCAUGCUCGAGUACAUCCGCACGCUGGACAACACGGGCACACUCAAGCAAGAGGACAUUCUGCAGUUUCUCUUCCAGAUCAGCUAUUGCCAGACAGGAGGUUUCUAUGCCGUCGCGGACCUUACCGAGACACAGCGGCUGCUUCUGGGCGACUUCAUUGACUUUGGCCUGCUCUUCCGCAAGCGCUUGACCUCGGAUCGCUUUUACACGACAAGUCUGGCAGUAAACCUGAUUUUCGGUGGCUCCACGGGUCAAAAGCGAAGCCAUGUGAGCCUCACGAGCUCAUUUGCGGGCGUGCGCGCUGGACACAAGUCGCAGAUCGCAGAUCCCCACCAAGCGCCAGCUCUUGACCACGGCGCCCAGUUGCGCAUUGUGGUCGAGACGAAUUUCAAGAUUUACGCCUAUACGACGUCCACGCUCCACGUUGCAAUGCUCAGUGUCUUUGCAGACAUUGUGGCCCGAUUACCAAAUCUCGCCAUCGGCUUUAUCACGCGCGAGAGUCUGCGCUCAGCUCUCAUCCACGGCAUCUCUGCGCAACAGAUUUACGACUUCCUGAUGAAGCAUGCGCAUCCCAAGAUGCGCCACAACACGCCAGUGAUUCCCGAGAACAUUGCGGAUCAGAUUUACUUGUGGGAGCGCGAGCGCAACCGCGUGCAGUUCUUGGCCGGCAUCCUCUUUGACGGGUUCAACACCAAAGAAGAUUACGAGAGCGUGCGGGAGUACGCGCUGACGCUCAAAGUGCUCACGUGGUCGGACCCGAUCCACUUUCGCAUGUCGAUCGCGAGCGCUGGAAUCGACAAAGUGCGUCACUACAUACAAAAUGAGCUCUCGUCUCGAGGGUGA